AUGGGAAAAGGAGGAGACGCAGGAGUCAAGGCCAACAGUGCCGCCACUGCCAAGCUCGAAAAGUACACAUGGAGUGAGGUGAAGAAGCACGCCCAACCCGCCGAUGCUUGGAUGGUCUACAACAACAAGGUCUACGACGUCUCCAACUGGCACGAACACCCAGGAGGUGCCGUCAUUUUCACCCACGCUGGUGAUGACAUGACCGACAUCUUUGCUGCCUUUCACGCUGCUGGUUCCCACAACAUGAUGAAGAAGUUUCUCAUUGGAGACCUCAUUGUCGAAAGUGUGGAACACAAGGACCAAAAGCAACGCGACUUUGAAAAGGCCUACCGUGAAUUGCGAUCCAAGUUGGUCAUGAUGGGAAUGUUCAAGUCUAACAUUGGCUUUUACAUUUACAAGCAAGUCUCGCAAAUCUCGAUGUGGGCUGCUGCCAUGGCCAUGAUGUGGUACUCGGAAAACCCACUGGUGCACUUUGCAUCUGCCAUGUUGAUGGGGCUUUUUUUCCAACAAUGCGGAUGGUUGGCUCACGACUUUCUUCACCACCAAGUCUUCAAGAACCGCCGUUACGGAGACUACGCUGGACUCUUCUGGGGAAACCUCAUGCAAGGUUUCUCUGUUCAAUGGUGGAAGAACAAGCACAACGGGCACCACGCCGUCCCCAACCUUCACAACUCUUCUGCUUUGGCCACCGAUGGUGAUCCAGAUAUCGACACCAUGCCUCUUCUUGCCUGGUCUGUCACCCAAGCUCAGCAAUACCGUGAAUUGCAAGCGGAUGGCAAGGAUUCGGCAUUUGUCAAGUUCAUGAUCAAGAACCAACACAUCUUUUACUUCCCCAUCCUUCUGCUCGCCCGUCUCUCUUGGUUGAACGAGUCCUUCAAGACUUCCUUUGGACUGGGAGCCGCCUCUGAGAACGCUGCCAUUGAAUUGAAGCUCAAGGGUCUUCAAUAUCCCAUCACUGAAAAGUCCUUUAUCACCAUGCACCACAUCUGGAUGUUUGCCUAUGCAUGUGGUUUCGGACGAUUCUCUUUCCUUUAUUCAGCUGCCCUUUACCUUACUGUCACUGCAUCCUCUGGCUUUUACCUAGCCAUUGUCUUUGGAUUGGGACACAACGGUAUGGCCACCUACGAUGCCGACAAGCGACCCGACUUUUGGAAGUUGCAAGUCACCACCACCCGUAACAUUACCGGUGGACACGGAAUCCCACAAUUCUUUGUGGACUGGUUCUGCGGUGGACUUCAAUACCAAGUGGAUCACCACUUGUUGCCUGGUAUUCCUCGCCACAACUUGCGAAAGACUCAUGAAUUUGUUGAGUCCUUUUGCAAGGAAUGGAACGUCCAAUACCACGAGGCUGACAUGUACGACGGAACCAUUGAGGUUUUGGAGUGCCUCAAGACUGUUGGAUCCGAAUUUGUCAUUGACUUUGUCAAGGAUGGACCUACCAUGUAA